UGGAGGGUGCUGAUGGGAGCUGCGGCCCUGCUCCCCUUGGUGGGGUCCACGCCGGGGAUCAGCUCUAAGGCAGGAAGCGGCUGGGCUGACUGCUGUGUCCGGGACCCGCGGGCUGCGGCGCAGGCCAGGGGCAUCUCCGGGAACCAGGAACGAGCCCCCCAUGUGACAUCUGUUACGAUCGUGACCGUCGGGACCAGUGGGGGCCCCUGCUCCUGUCGCUGGCAGCAGUGCGCGGCUGGAAAAGCAGACAGCGCGUUCUCAGGGACAUGCGAGGAGGCCAUCUCUGCAGCAGCCCCCUGCACCUGGUGGACAGAGGCUUCCUGCUGUGACGCGAGAGAACUGUGCUCUGCGGAGGACACAGCCAAGGCCCCGCUUCCUGGGACUGCCACCGCAGGGGCCCCCAGCAGCGUGGCCGGAUCCCCACGGGCCAGCACCCAGCCAGCUCUGCCUGGGGGGCCGUCUUCCCGUCUCCCCGCUGUUCCCAGGAGGUAGGGGAGGGGUGUGGAGCUGCACGCCUCCUCACCCCAGCUCUGCCCCGUCCGCUGGGACUUCGUGUGUUCCUUGCUCGCCGUCAUUAGAGCUGUCGUGCAGGCCAGUGCUUUCUGAGUGACCGCCACCCGGGCGGUGCCAUCAGCAUCCCCAGUCGCGUGGGUCCCUCUGUUUUCAGACUGGCCAGCACCAGGAAGCCCUGUCUGACUGUGUCUCCACAGGGACGGGCACCACGUAUGCACAGGAGGGCCAGGGAGAUGAGGCUGGGCCACGAGGGUACUCAGGCUUAGCUGGGCGUGGUGGUGCACACCUGUGAUUGCCACCCUUAGGAGGCUCAAGUAAGAGGGUCGCAAGUUCAA